UCUCUAUGGCUCCCGCCGAGCGAGAGGCUUCUUUGCCGUUAGCAUUUUUCGGCUCUCUAUGGCGGUGGCGGUACUGCGGGGUCUGGACGACUCCGUCCCUCGGGACCUGCCGCCGGCCGCGGGGCUGCUGGUGGCCCCGGCGGGAACGCAGUGGGCGGCGGCGGGGCCGUCUGGAGCGCUAGUGUUGGCCGUGCGGCCGGCAGGGGCCGAGGCGCAGCCGGUGCUCUUGUGCGCGGCGCUGCUGGAGGACGAGGCCGCCUCGGGGCCGGAGCUGUGGCUGAGCCGGGCCUUCCUGAAGCAGCUGGGCCUGGAAGCCGGGGCGCGGGUGCGGGUCUGGCCCGUGCGGAAGCCGCCGUUGCUAGGCUGGGUGUUGCUGGGGGGAGCCGCGGCGGCCGGAGCAACAGGGCGGCCUCCGCGACUGGGAACAGCCCCCGGCUCCAGCCUGCUUGUGCGGCGCGGCGAGACCCUGCCGGGCUCGGGGCUGCUGGUAUUGGAGGCCCGGCCGGCCUUGCAGGGGCUCUUGGGCGCUGGCACUCGCUUGGCGGUGACUGAACUGCGAAGCGGCGGAGACGGCCGCGGUCGGAGGGACUCGCCACUGCUCCCCGCUCCCCUGGUCUCCGGGUGGGCGCACGGUGGGGAGCGGCUAGUGAAAGCGGAGCGGGGCCGCCCGGCACUAUGGGGAAGCAAGACCGGCGAAAGCGAGUCUUUGUGGGUGACCCGCUGCGGCCUGCGCAGCCUGGGUCUCUUCCAAGGAGAGUGGGUGUCGGUGACGAGGCAAGAGAGAGGCUCCCUGGGAAACGGGGCCCAGCACCUGGCGGUUGUGCGGGUCCUCAGCCCCCAGUGGCAUUUUCCUCUCCAAGACGUCGAGGACAGGCACCGCCGAGCCUUUCUGAAUGAGAGAGCUCUGAUCCCUGCCACCUUAGCCUUCAACCUGUCCUGUGACCCUUUGGAAGGGAGCCUUCUUAAAAUUCAGAGAUAUGGGGAAGCUGCUGGUGUGCAAGAGGUAAAAGGAAGCCGAUCCUUGCUAUCUGUGCCACCCUUUGCCAAGGAGCUACACAUAGAGAUUGUGUCCUCACCAGCCUACAACACCAGAGGAGUCUAUGACCAAAUUCUCUACCAACAUUUUCAAACUCCCAGGCUAGUCCAAACAGAAGAUAUUUUGAGUAUUCCAACAGUCGGGCACCCUGAGUUCUUAGAAGGAAAUUCAGAGAAGUUCAUUAGAUGGCCAGAACUCUACUUCAAGGUGAAAAAGAUACUUCCUGAAGAGGAGAAAGAGCAAUGCAUGGGAUACCUGGCUGAUACUCAGAACACUUCUGUGUUCCUGGUUGGCUCAACAAACAGUGCGGUCCCAUCUUUCCCAUCUCAAAACACCCAUGGUUUUUGGAGCAGUUUGUCUCCAGCUGGACUUAGCAGUGUAGUGAAGCAGCUCUGUGACAUUCUUGGUCCUCAUUUACAUAGCAGUGGGACUCUGCUAAAUAGAACUGGAAGUGUUCUCCUUUCAGGACCCAGUGGUGUGGGAAAAAUGACAUCUGUCAGAGCUGCCUGUAGCUGCCUUAAUCUCCAUUUGUUCAAGGUGGAUUGUGUUAGUUUGUGCGGUGAUACCAGUGGAUCUACAGAAGCAAAGCUACAUGCUGCCUUCUCACAGGCUGAUUUCUAUAGCCCUUGUGUUCUGCUGAUGAAAGACAUAGAGCUGCUGGGAAGAGAUCGUGAUGGAGUUGGGGAGGACUCCAGAGUCAUCCUUGCAUUAAGGCACCUUCUCCUGGACAGAGAGGCUAAUACCAGCAGGGACCCUGUGCUGGUGGUAGGCACAACAACCAGGAUUGGGGAUGUCCCCACAGACUUGCAAACAGCUUUCCUUCAUGAGGUGAAAAUUGAAGCACCGUCCGAAGAGCAGAGGAAGGCCAUUUUAAGUAUGCUGACAGAGAGCAUCCCACUCGGCAAAGAAGUUAGCUUGACCAAGCUAGCCCAGCAAAGUGCGGGCUUCGUUCUAGGAGAUUUCUGUGCUUUGCUUUCCCACAGUAGCCAUGCUGCCUGCACAAGGAUCCAGAAUUCAAGCUUUCCAGGAGGACUAAGUGAGGAAGAAGAGCAUGAUUUUUGUGCUGCUGGCUUCCCACUCCUUGCAGAGGAUUUCAGUGUUGCACUAGAUAAACUGCAUGAUGCUCAUUCACAGGCAAUAGGUGCUCCAAAGAUACCUUCUGUCUUCUGGCAAGAUGUUGGCGGACUUCAGGAUGUGAAGAAGGAGAUCCUGGACACAAUUCAGCUUCCCCUAGAACACCCAGAGCUACUACCUUUAGGCCUUCGCCGUUCUGGCCUUCUCCUCUAUGGCCCUCCAGGAACAGGGAAAACAUUGCUAGCUAAAGCUGUAGCCACAGAGUGCACCAUGACUUUCCUUAGUGUGAAGGGCCCUGAGCUCAUUAACAUGUACUUUGGACAAAGUGAAGAGAAUGUACGUGAAGCCAAAUGAGUGAUAUCACAGAAUUGGAGGACUGAAUGCUCACUUCCGUAACGCGGUGGAUUGAGGACUGAAAAUGCUUUCAGUGUAUGAAAUAAGUGGUGCAUGGAUGCCACCUUCACAUGGGCACGUCCUUGGAUAUUUGACCCACUUUUGUCAAAACCUGUGUAUAACUGCUAACGGUUGUAUGCAUUUUUAUACCCAUAUAGAUGCAUAUAUUUUUAAAAGGAAAUAUGGCACGUUGGCCUCCUGGCCUGGCUACUGUGCAGCUUUAAUUCCUGAGAGCUGUGCGAAGCAUUAUAUGAUGUUUGGCUUCUGCAAAACUCGACCGUCGUGGAGCUUUCCAUGAGCAGAAAUGCUUCUGUUUGUACAAGGCCAGGCACUCAGUUUACAUCAGUCACUGCUCUCCACACCUCGCGACUGCCGGUCCUCUGUAUCAUGUCUUAGAGACUGUUCCAAACAGCUAGAAGAAACUUCUCUCCACGUGUGCAGGGCUGCUGUGGAUGCAGUAGGUCGAGAGAAUCGGGUGCCCUGCUUUGUGUGAGCAGUCAUGCUUUCUGCUCAUAAAAAGCACUCAUGUUUGCAAGUCCUUGCUCAUACGCCUUAUUCCAUACAAGUUAAUUACCUAAAUUGCCACGGCAGAUGCUGGCAUUGUCCAUAGAUGCUGAUUUAGGCAUGUGUGCUAGAUAAGGCAUAAACUGAUUUGUUUCAUUUUCAAGAAAAUAUGAUGCCAUGCAGUUGCCAACUAUGAACUUCCCUUUCACUCAGCAGAUACCUUUUUGGAAUAGAUGAGUAACUUUGUGGCAAGAUAGCUGAUUUUUCCAUAUGAAAUCAGUGGCUAGAAUAUUGAUAGCUAUCAUAUGGCUGAUUCUGUUGAAGAGUGUUUGGAAAUGGUGGCUGACUCAAUGCAGCAGGGGGAAUUUUGACAGGAGAAUUUUGACAUAUGUUCUUCAGAGCAUAUGAUUUUGUUGCUAUACCAACUGCACCGGCUUCCAGCCUGAAUAGUUAGAAGGCUGCUCUGACUGCCAUGAGCGUUUUGGCUUCAGAGACUCUGUAGCAGCACUUGGAGCACAGAAGUCUUCUGCCUCUGCUUGGCUUCUGUGUUGGUGGUGCUUCAAAGCACCACCAUCAAGAGGGAAGCCUUUUAAUUUCAGCAGACCUGUGGAUUGAAUGGUCUACGUGUGCUCCCUUGCUGUCCUUCAGUUUUGGACUGUUUUAUUGAAAUGCCAUUUACUGAUGCUGGUUCUUUUAAAAUGUUUGGUUGUGAGCCACUUUGGGCAGCUUUCUACUGAAAAGGGAGAUAAAAUAUGUAGAAUGAAUAAAUUGAUACAUUUUCUGCUCCCUUUCAAGAAGAGUCCUACUGUGCAAUCAAGUGACCAGUUCUACAAAACCUGCAAUUCAGGUUUUAAGAGAGAUGGAGCAGAGAAACAAAAAAGGCAAGGGAAUGAAUGUCCAACUAGAAUGGCGGUCAAAGGAGUGAGCACUGUGACUGGUCACUGCAUUGCUGUACUUCUUUUUCAUAAGUAGCUGUUCUCUAAGCCAUCUCUUCUAACCUGAAAGAUCUAGUCACUCCAGUUUUUUUGUGUAAUUGUGCAUUUCUCAGUGCUUUGCAGUGGCUCCCAGCUAGGCUGCAUCUCUUCCUUGGUAGAGGAAUGUAGGUGGCUUUUUGCUUGUAAUAUAUGUAUGCCACUCACUGAGCAUGAAUUUACAGGAUAUACAUUAUCUGUCUCUC